GUGAAUGUAGCGAAAUAAACAUGCCUAAUCGGCAAAUAAAACAAAUUCGUGAAUAAUUCAAAAAUGUCUACAGAAAAUUAUUGUCGAUUAUGUGCAUACAAAUAUUCUAUAACAGGUUUAAGAAAUGUCGAAGAAUUAAUAAAAGAAAAACAAUUAACCUCGUCGGUUUUACAAUAUUUACAAGUGAAACUCAUCGACAAUGAUAGGUUACCCCUAACCUUUUGUUUACAUUGCUGUCAAACACUGGCUGAUUUAAAUGAAUUUCGAAAUAAUGUAAUAAAUGCCCAGAAAAAGUUAGAAAAUUUAAUUUAUUACACGAAUAGUCAAUACGAAAAUGAUAUUAAACCUUCGAAGUUGACUACUUUCAAUCAGGAUAUACUAGAUAAUGAGAGCUCUGGUGGAAACGAUUACGUAAAUAGCGUACAUAUGUUUGAUCUGCAAUUAAUCAAUGAUUUCAAAAGUGAAAAUGGACAAAAUUAUGAUGAAGUAGCUUCAGAUCGGGGAAGUGUUUCUGAGGAUGAUAAGAAACCAGAAAAUUUGGAAAUAACCUGGCCAAAUUCAUUAGAAAUUGAUAACGAGAAGCUAGAAACAUGUACUAAUAUCGAUGAAAAUAUUUUAAAUAUCGGCCUUAGAAUAUUAAAAAAUCUUCGUUUUAAAUGUUACAAAUGCAGUAAUUGGAUGGAAACUGAAACAGAUUUACAAGAUCAUUUUGAUACCGAACAUGAUGCUAAAAUGAAAUAUAUUUGUCCAAAAUGUAAAUCACUGUUUAUUAGUUUAAAUGAUUUUAAAAAACAUUUGUAUAGCCAUUAUUUACAGAAAAUCGAUAAAAAAUUCCGUCUUACUUGUGAAAUUUGUAGCAAAAAGUUUGAAAGUGAAUCGAUAUUAAAUGCACAUAAAGAUCAAUUCCAUUUAGAUCAAAAUGCCUUUUCUUGCAAUGAAUGUGGAAAAAAAUUCCAAUCAAUAGAAAAAUUAACAGAGCAUGAAUUUAUUCAUAAAGAAAAUACAAAUCAUACGUAUCCAAAGGAGAAAUUAUUCAAUUGCCAUCAAUGUGGGAAAUCAUGUAUUAGCGAAUAUAUGUUAAAACGGCAUUUACCAACUCAUGUUCCGAAAGAACUCAGAAAUAAUUUCCAGUGUGAUCAAUGUGAUCGGAAAUUUCUAAAUGCCAUUAAUUUGGCAAAUCAUCAAGCUCUACAUAGAAGUAGUAACAACAACAAACAUAUUUGUGAUGUAUGUGGAAAAGAAUUUAAGUUAAAAGUUAAUAUGCUGGAGCAUAAAAUGACGCACACGAACGCCAGGCCAUAUAAAUGUGAUAAAUGUCCCAAAACCUUCAAAACACAACGUACAUUACAAAAGCAUGUAGUGAUACACAGUGAUGUAAAACCAUUUGAAUGUAUGGAAUGUGGAAGGAAAUUUCGCCGAAAAGAUGACGUGACUAGACAUUAUGCUGUACAUACCGAUCAAUUACCUUUCGGAUGUGAAUUUUGUCCAAAAAGAUUCAAAAGAAAACGAUGUUUGGAAGUGCAUAUGCGACAACAUACAGGCGAAUAUCCAUAUUUUUGUUUAGAAUGCAAUCAUCAUUUUAUAAAUUCAUCAAAUUUUAUGAAACAUUUAAAAGGGAAACAUAGGUUAAAUAAUGUCUCACUAGCAAAUAAUAAACAUCAAUAUCCGUUUACUGAAUAAAUUUCCGGAUACACCCAAAAAGUAAUGUUUUUG